AUUUUCUUUUGACUUUGAUGUUCUAUUAUCUAAUCUGUAAUUAUAUAAAGAAAAGAAUAACAUGUCCAUUUACAAUCUUUUCAUUAUAUCGAUCGUAAGUUGGUCGAAUAUCCCAAAGAAUGACUUUAAUAAUGCAGCGAUUUAUUAUUAGUGAAAUGGAUUGAGAUUCAACAGAAGACAUGACUUCACUUAGUACAAUUUCUUCUUCUGGCGAUGAAACCAAAGAAACGAAACGACUUUAUGUGCCAACUAGUUAUUUCCUAUGGUCGGAAUUUCUAGGAAUUUCGUAUUUAAUAGAAGGUAAUGAUGACGCAGAAACUAUUUGCAAACGGAGAAGUUACGUUCACUUAAUAAUACUUCAUCUGUAUAGUGUCUAUCAAUGUCUUCGAUCAUUAAAUGGUGUUCUUCAACAUAAUAAUAUUUGGUACAAUUUAUUAUCGUUAUCUCAAGUAACUGCUAGUUUAAUUACUGUCGAUAUUUUAAUAUCCAGAAGAAAACUGCUAAGAAAAACUUUUAUAUCUUUACUUGACUUACUAAUGGAAGAGUCCACUCAAAAUUCAAGAACACCUCGACAAGAAGAGGUACCAGUGAUUUUUGUUUUAACUUAUCUUUUUCUUUACUUAAUUAUGGUUAUCGCAAUUGUUAUUCGUUACAAAACUACUAUUUGCAGUAAUGAUGUUAUCCCAUUUUAUAAUUUCAAAAUUAAAUCAGCAGAAUUAAUCGUAGCGUUGGUCUUUUUAGAUUGGAUUAUGUUCGUGAUUUAUAUUCUUGGUAUUUUAGCUUAUUGCAUUCUGUUAUUUUAUAUUUACUGCAACAAACUUUGUAAAUUAUUUCAAGAACUUAAUUCGAAUAUCUCUUCCUUAAAUAGUGAAUAUUUAUUGAAACAGUUAGCUAUGGCAUGCGACAGACUGAAUCAGUUAACUAUAGACGUAGACAAUUCAUUCGGUACUGCAGUAUUUGUAUGGUUUGCUCUAUUUAUUUCCGCAAUUUGUAUAGAGAUGAAUAGUAUAUUAAGAGAAGAAAUUUGUUUAACUUAUAAAGGUAAUUCAAUAAUUAUGACCAUGGAUUUUAUAUACUAUUCUAGCAUUAUUCUGAUUACUUGUGAAUGUGGCAAUCGCGUAUCCUCUUCUGCACAAAUUAUUAUUCCCAAUAUUGUUAAAAUAGCUCGCGUUAAUCAACUGACAUCAUCAUCUAUGUAUAAUGAUAUUUUUCUAUUAACUUCUAGACAAAUUUGUUGCCCUGCAGUGUUGACCGCGGGGAAUUUUUUUACGCUAUCGAGAGGAUUAUUAUUAACUUUAAUAGGUGCCACGCUGAGUUAUGUCAUAUUUUUGUUUCAGAUUAACAGUAAUGUUUCAAAAUUGUUAGUUAAUGCAACCAGUGUUUAAACAAUAUGUACUGCAAUAAUAAAUAAUAAACUUUGAAGUAA